GUUGAGUUUGACAGUGGUAAUGUUGGGCGACAAAAAAUGCCAUAGGAGAUCAUCGAAAGCCAGCAUUUUGCUAUCUUAAAUUUUGGUUAUAUUUUUCUGGCUUUUAUAAUGGCUGGAAGUGUUGUUCGAGUUGACCCGGCGUCUGUCGACUUUACUGACGUCAGAGUUGGACAGGUUUAUAAAACGACUAUCACAGCAAGAAAUGUCGGGAAAGUCUCCAGGAAUAUAAUUAUCGAAAAGCCCAGGUUCAAGUUGUUUAAGUUCACUGUAACUACUCCAUCUGCGGUCGUGGCUCCGGGUCUGUGCGUCAGCGGUGUGCUGCAGUUCACCCCACAGAAUGAGGAAAUGGUCAGAGACCGUCUACUGGUCCAUGCAGAUGAUAUGGAAACGAUUGAAAUCCCACUGCGAGUGUUUCCCAGGGCUUGUGCCCUCCAGAUGGAUUCAUUGGUGGACUUUGGCUGUGUCCCUGCCAGCAGGGAGAUCAUCAGCAAACACCACCCUAUUACCAAUCAAGGAGCAGCACCAGGUGUUUUUCACGUGCAGUACAGUGGAGACUCCCCCAUCAAGUUGUCACCCUCCAGUGGAGUUGUUGCUGGUGGUGCAACCAAGUGGCUUCAAGUUGACCUGCGCACAGACAGACCUAUGAAGGUUAAGGAGAAAGCUCUGGUGAAACUUCAGAACCGGUUUCCUGUGCUUCUGACUGUCAUAGCUGAAGUGGAAGAUCAGCGGCUUGAGGUCUUCGAUAUGAAGGGUAAUCCACUGUCCUGUCUGAGGUUUGGGCCUCUGUACUUUGGGACAUCCUCUGUGGAGAAUGUGAUUCUGAGAAACAAUAGUCCUCAGGCCUGUGACUGGGUCUGCCUGCCCCAGGAUUCUGCUCCUGGGACUGAAAUGGGAAGAAAUCUACAGAAGAGCACUGACGCUGUCCUACUGGAGUCAAAGGAGAACAGCAGCCCAGGCUCUCGGGUCAUGUUUUGCAUUCCUCAACAGGGUCGACUGCAAGCAUACGAAAAAACCAUUGUGGUGAUUCGCUUCAGCCCUGUAUUUAAAUGUACAAGUGAAAGGACAAGGCACUGUCACUCAGGCAGCCGGCAAGACUAUUGUCUCUUCCUGCUCUUUGAGACAGCAGGAAGCAAACAUGGAUUCACUCAUCAAAGUGGUAACUCCAGUGUGGAACUGGCUGUGACUGGCUCUGGAUUGCCUGUGUCACUAGUACCCAGUCCAUCUCACAAAUUUGACUUCCCAGCCUGCGUCGUGGGCCAGCAUGCUGAGCUGCUGUGUGUGCUGCGGAACCUCUGCACUCAAAUUCCCGUCAAAUUCCACUUCCGCAAAUUAGCACAGUUUACCACCAAUCCUGUCAAAGGCACCAUAGCUCCUGGACAGUGCCAGGAUGUCGUUUUAACUUUCACCGCCCACCAGUUCGGGAGCUUCCAGGUGUUUCAGAUACUUGAUGUUUUGGGUCCAGUUCACCAGAGUAGUGACAUCAUGGAUGCCACCCAGCUUAAGCUUUGCAGCUUCCACAGUGUCACUCUACACCUGUCAGCUGUCUCCCACAGUGAAAAUGUUUUCAGUGCCUCUAAACCCACCUCUGGUGUUAGCAUGCAGAGAGGCUGUCAUCUGAGAACAUGUGAUGUUGCCAAUGCCUUCAACACAAAAAGAACCAACAAAUCAGAGAAGAGUCAAUGUCUAGAUGAAGAGGACUUCCUGACCAAGGCCAUUGAGCAGGUGUCCACACUGAGACAGUACAGGACUGCGUCCCCAUGUGAUACCCGCUAUCAUGAAGUGAGCUACAACUUUGAUCUCACUGAGGAGGAGGAGCAGCAGAAAUAUAGAAACCAACAAUUCUAUGCAGAGUUCUUCAAACAGCUGAGGCAGACGCGGCUGUCGAGAAUCAAGGAAGAAAUGGAGGAAAAAGCAGAGCGUGAAGUGGACAUCAACCUUGUUCCUGCUCAAGGGCUUGUUCCUCCUAAACUUCGGAUCCGUGACAUAGAUAUCAGUGACAUCCUUGUGACAAAACUGAAUGAGAAAGACACCCUGACACAAAACAAGUACAGCUGGCUCAGAGAGGGGACAGCUACAAACCAAAACAACAAACCUCAGGUUUCCGAGGUUAUAGGUGCGGUUCCCUGCAAUGACCAAGAGAGGGCAGAGUGCAACAGGACUCUGACAGCUCACGCUCUCUGCCAUGUUGUUAUAGGUCCUUUGUUAGUGGACUUUGGUGAGGUGUGUGUGCACUCAGUGUGCAUUCAGAAACUGGAGCUGACCAAUCGUCUCUCAACAUACAUUUGGGUGCAGCUGGAAGUGGAAUGUCCUGAGCUCCAUGGCUCCUCACCCCUGUCCCAUGUCCUGCCACCAUGCUCCCACACCACCGUACCUCUGACCUUUCAGAGCAACAAGCUGGGUCACUUCUACAGUCCUGUAUCCUACACUGUAAACCAGCAGCAUCCUGGUCAGAUACUGGUCCAGGCACAUGUUGUCCCUGUGGCUCUACAACUGUCCACCACCUUGCUGGUCCUCAGGCCUUGUCCCGGCUUACUAGCCCACUCAGGAUAUAGGAGCUCGAUUACACUCCGAAACUGCCGUAACCAGGCUGCAGAGUUCACAUGGAGACCGAUAUUUACAGAGAAAGGCAUCAGCUUUUCUAUUCGCCCUGCUACAGGUACAGUUGAGCCACAGAAGGAGCUUGACUGUGAGGUGGUGUGGCAUCCUUCCUUCACUUCCCCUGCAGAAGGAGACUUUGAGUUCUGUGUUCAUGAUGGCAACAUACAACAACUCCAUUGUGUUGCAAAGAUUGGAUCAACUCAGGUCCAGCUAUCAGAGAAGCAGCUCAUAUUUGGGUCAGUUCCUCUCAACAUGCCAUCCGUCAGAACUGCUAUUUUUCACAACGCUGGACCGAACCACGCCUACUACCAGGUUCAAGAUUUGAGCCCUCUGCCUGGCAUGAUAGUCAGUCCCUGGGAGGGUGUGAUUCCCUGUGGGGGCCAGAGUGCACUGAAGGUCCUCUUUACCCCCAAUUCUGUCAUUAAGUUUGACACUAGAGUGAAGAUAUCCAUGAGGAACAUGAAGUCCAUUGAACUAAGGGUGAAUGGAUCAGUGGAGCCUCCAAAUGUAGAAGUCAGUGUGCCCCGUUUCCAGUUUUCUGUCGUACACGCUGGUUCUCGGAGGAAGAUUCCUUUCACUCUGACAAACCACUCCUCUGCUGCAGCACGACUGACCUUUGACCUGUCACGUUACACAGACUUCACUGUUCAUCUCCCUCAUCCGUCAACCAAAAGGGAGGCAGGAGUGAGUGUCAUGGAGGUGCAGAGCAAAGAGAGCAUACACUGUUCCCUGGUCCUCUCACCGACUCAGGUGGCUGGAUACGACUUUGAUCUGCCUCUGAUCUGUAACGGUGAGAGAUGGCUCUCUGCUUCUUCUUCUUCGGCCCCCACGCCGUCUUUUCCAUCCCUGUCCUCCUCAAUGUCAGCAUUAACGUGGAAACACAUGGUCCAGCAUUCCCGCUGUGUCGGCAUGUUGGUGCCUCACUCACUACGCAUACAGGCCACAGUUGUUUGUGCCCCAGUAGAAAUGUCUCCCUCCAGCCUACAGUUCCACAUGGAUGCCUUAGUCCCACAGACAGUACAGUCCAAGUUAUUAGUGAAUCAGAAGACAGUGGAGCUAAAAGCAGUGUGCGAACAGAGUAUCUGCUGGCGCAGCAUCAGCAGUAAGCGCUUAAACUGGUGGUUUAAGUGCAGUUCAAUAGCGGAUCCAGUAGAGGGCAGCAGAGAAAAGGCGCUCUGCUCAGCGAGUCCAUCCAGUGGCUGUCUGGGGCCUGGACAGUCCGUCAGCGUAACAGUCAGCAUCACACCUGAGGUUAUCCCAUUAGAGCCUGGUGGAAUAAUCCCACUGUCUCUCCUUCUUUACCUGGAAGAGGAGGGUCAGAGUAAGGGGGAAGAACAGCAUCCCUACAGAGAGCUGGACAUCACCAUCACUGUCCGGCCUCUUAGUCUCACCUUCCACCCUCCUCAGAUCCUGCUGCCCCCUGUCCCUCUGCAAAGCAGUACUACAGCGACACUCACCCUUUUGGCUGUGGGAUAUCCAAUUGGAACAAAGAUAUUAGCUGAAGUGGACGAUGUAGAACUGGACAAUGGGACAAAGAUUCAGCCUCUUUCUGUGGUCUUCCCUGAGGGUAACUCCCUCUCUGUCCUGACUCAAGAACAGAGGCAUUCACUGAGUCUUCAACACCAGGAAGCCACUGUGACUAGUUUGACCUGCAACGUGUCCUUCUGCUCAGCUCUUCCUGUGUCGCUCUGCACUGCUAUCACAUUCACUGAACAGUACUUUAAUGAGAGGUUUCAAGUUACGACAUGUGCUACAACUGACAAUUGUCUUUUGACAGUCUGGCCCUACAUGGCCCGAAACCGGACUGAGCAACAGAUAGUUCUCAAGACAGGAGCCACAGUAGUGGAGGCGGUCCUUCAGCGUUGUCACACACCAAGUCCUCUCUCUGGUUUGGCUUCAUCUUUAUCCUCAUUUGAUCACGAAAGUGGAACAAACAAGACCUCAGCUUCAGGGUCUUUUCCAGAAAGUGGCAGUUUAAGUGGUCAAAACAGCAGAGAUGAAGAAGUCUCUUCAACUGAACGCACUCCACUCAACUUCAGCGUGCCGGAAUUUCCUGCAGCUGAUUCAGAAGAAGGACUUUAUUACCAGACUGUGCUGUUAGCUGUGGAAAGGUGGUUUAGUCUCUUUGGUUGGCCAAAUGGACCACAUCCCAUCUCUGUACCACACACACUCAGGAGAAUUGUGUUGAAAGCACAAACCCAGGAGACCAGAGGUCGGACUUACCGUGUCACCCAAAAUAAAGACUGCAGGUCUGUUCUGGACAUGCUACAGCACCUGAUAGGUGAAAAGAUUCCAGGAAUUCCUUACUGUGAAGUUAUUUCUAAUGAUAAACAGCAACGUAUUGAUCAGGUGCUGCAGCAGCACGAGGCUGUCCUAGCUUUUCUCAGGGGGAAGGGAGCCUGUGUGAAGCACAUCAGACCUGAGUACUUGCUGGAUGCACAGGAGUUCAAACACUGUUGUCGCCUAAAGUCAAAAAAAGACGACAAUGGUCUGUCCUACGGUAAUGUAGGGUACGAGUCUUUGAGCAAACGCUCCUGGACUGACGUGCUGCUGCAAAUUUAUAAAGUGUCAGUGCUUCGGCGUGUGUCCAAGAGUGGUCAGAGCACAGUUCCUAACCAGGGAGAUGGCGUCCUCUCCAUCAACUCAAAGUCCGUGGCCAGUAAUGUCUAUUCACCCAAUGAGCUGCUGCUGCUCUCAUGGCUCAACGAACACUACCAGAGCAUGAGACAAACCUUUUGUGGAGCAGGUUCCACUCCCAUGGCACGAUGGAUAGUGAAUUUUGACCUGGACUUCUCUGAUGGACUUGUGCUCGCUGCGCUGCUUGCAGCCUACUGUCCGUACCUGAUCUCCAGCCACUUUAAGAGGAUGUACACCACACCCAACACUCUGGAGCAGAUUCUCCACAACAACAUCAUAGUGGUCCAGUGCUUAACUGCACUUUCCCUCAACAUUGAUAUACAGCCCACAGAUCUGUCUGAUCCUAAUCCAGUGCAGAUAUUAAUGCUGUGUGUUCACCUGUAUGAGAAGCUGCCUCAGUACCUGCCAAUGCAAACCAUCACACUGACAGGAAGCCUGCACAGCACAUUCAGCAAGAAGGUUCGACUGAGAACUCCCUCCUCUCAUCCAAAGAGAUACCAGACGUUCCUUUUAGGAGAGAAUGCUUAUCUUUUCUCCCUCACUGAUGGAUCCGCUGUCUCCGUUCUUCCAAAGACAGGCGCUGAACUGACCAUUCGGUAUCGCUGCUUCUUCAUGCAGCCCAUGGAGGCAGUCUUGCUGCUCAUCUCCAGUCCUGCUUUUGGUGAACUUGCCACCACUCUGGCUUUUAGUCUGAAAGCUAAUGUCAGUCACAUCACACCCACAAGCACAGUUAAACACAUGUCUCCAUGCUAUGAGCUAAGAGUCAUCCAGCUAUCCAUCGCUAAUCCUUUCAGUAAGGAAGCUAAGUUCAGGGUGGUGCUGGUGGAAUCCACAUAUAACCCACUGGAGCCUGAAAAGAAACACAUCAUUCAGCGGACCUCUUUCAGAUCAAAGCCAGAGAAAGUGGUAACAGACAGCUGUGGGGAAGUCACCGAGGGACGGAAUUCAGCUCAGAAUGUUGGAGGUAAAGAGUUCUUUAGUGCAGUGAGAACAGUGAGUCUGAAACCAAGACAGACGUUCAUCCUGAACAUCCAUUACCUGCCCUUCUCCACUGGCGUCAAAUACUGCUCAGUCCUGCUGGUUUGCCCGCAGGUGGGUGACAUGGUCCAUAUGGUGAAGACCUCAGCGUGCUUUCCACUUCCAUCUCCUGUCAAGUUCAAACCCAGUUCUGACAUUGUUUCCAUUCCCAACAGCUCUGUUGUAGGCUUCUGUUGCCUGGUGGAUCAGGUGUGGGAGGGGCUUUUGUGUGUGCCGCUGGUCAAUAUGGCCUGGGAGCGUGCCCUGGCCAUCUGGGGUCAGCUGAGCAUGAGCGUCGAGGAGCAAAGGAGGAGGCUGCUGACACAAACGUUGUAUAGCAGCAGUGUGAGAGCGAGCACGGUCAGCAAGCUUUUUAAACGAGAGGCCCAGCGAACAAGAGAAAUUACAGAAGACUACAAAGUAAUAACCUAUAACAUUCGUGUUACUAUGCCACAGUACUUCAGAUUACCCAGUACUGUUGAAAUUCCUGUAACGGAGGAGACAAAUGUACCAUGGGAAAAUCCUUCAGAUUGUGAAAGUGUAGAAAUCCCAAUCUGGUUCCAAGCUGACCGUGUUGGACAGUUUCCAUGUCAGGUGGUCCUGAAGUCUUCAAGUGACACCAGGCUCUUCAUGUUGGAGGCACAUAUCACUUCACAGAUGAAGCAGUCGGUCCAGUCAUCACAGUGAUCAUCUGGGACUAUGGACAUGGCUUUAACCCAAAACAACAACCACGGUAUCUACACACAGGAGGUGGAUCCAACUGGUGCUCGACCACACUCUAAGUUCUGUAUGUUAAGUAAGAUUGGAAAUAUAGCAGUCUAUUAUAAAGAAGAGGAUUUGUCUGUAAAUGUUAGGACAUUGUUCUCAGUCAAAUGUCUGAAAGCAUGAAAAAUACAGAAAUCAAAUGUAUUUAAUUUAUCCUUAGGUGAAUGUGAAUGAAAUGUAAAAGGCUCUGAGGCUGACAAAAAUAUGUUAAAGAAAACCCUACCAGUGUGAAGACAAUUUAAUUUAUUGUCGUCUCCUUCAGUGACCUCAGUAGAUGGCGUUUUGCACGUAUUCUACUACUGUAUUUCAACUUUCUGUACACACCCCAUUUACAAACAAAAACAAAUAAAGUAAAAAAUAAAAUAAUUACAAAAAAGGAAUUUUAAGAAAAUAAAUAACUAAGAAACAACUUAGAUGUAACAGAGUGGAAAAAAAUAUUACAAAUCAUCCCAAAAUUAGGGCAGCUGAAAUAACUGGUUAAUCACGUUAAUCAAUUUCUCGGGAUAAAUCUGAUUAAAAUUUUAACUAAGGAUGUCUGAUAUUAACUUUUUGACGAUAUCCAAUAUGCCGCUAUUUCCCAACCCCAAUUUCCAUUU